AUGCAUCAUAUCCAGAGCUUCAAACCAUCGUCUUUCGUAUCUCGUCUUUCCACUCAUCCUCAACGGUCUAAAAGUACAGCAGCUAAAAGUGCUGGAAUCAUUGCACAGAUUGAAACCAAACGCGGUCCUCGUUGUAACCCCGGUCUCGUAGUCUUUGAUAAGGAUGGCACACUUAUUGACUUUACACUCAUGUGGGGUGGUUGGGUCGAAUCACAGGCGUGGAAUGUUGAAAUGACGACAGGAUUACCCGUUCGAGAAAAACUUUUUCAAGCCAUGGGCUACGAUUGGAUCAGUCGCUCAAUUAAAUCCAAGGGUGCACUAUGCUGUACGCCCAUGGGUGAACUCUACAAGCUUGCAGUACGAGUAUUGGUAGUAGAAGGCAUGACCCAGUCAAAAGCCAAUGAGAUCAUUCAGCAAUGCUGGAGUAUGCCUGACCCCGUGCUCACUAGUCGACCACUUGCCAAUGUCCCUGCACUUUUCCGUACUAUCAAGAAAAUGGACAUGAAAAUUGCCGUCUGCACGACAGACGAUCGUCAACCUACAGUUGAUACACUGCAGCACUUGGGUGUGUCUGAUAUGGUAGACGCAUUAGCAUGUGGAGAUGAUGGAUUACCCGCUAAGCCCGCGGGUGAACAGAUUUGGAACAUCUGUCGUAAGCUUCACGUGGAGCCGCAUAACACCAUUAUGGUCGGUGAUACGUCCACGGAUAUGAUUCUAGGUAAGAAUGCAGGCUGUGGUCUAUCCAUUGGUGUUUUGGGCGGUGCGUCGUCGCUUGAUGAUCUCGCUGAAGACGCCGACGUGCUCGUACCUUCCAUCGAUCGGGUUAUCAAAGUACUCUUCCAAUACGGUCAGCAGGCGCACCGUUUUGGUGAUGCCAAGUGA